AUGUCUUUCGACAACGAUGACAACAAACAAUUGCCAUUUGCUGAUUAUGAAUUUCCUACUGAUAUUACUAUUGAUCGUAAACCAGUCGAUAAAUCGAAACGUAAUCAUAAAAGAAGAAAACCAAAAGGACAACAAUUAAAUCUAACUAACAAUGAGAAGGAUCCAAAUGCAUACAAAAAAUUAACUUAUGUUUAUUUUGAAAAUACUCAAGAAGAAAAUAAUUUUAUUACGUUUAUUCCAUAUAUAGGACCUAGUAAUACAUUACAUCUUGGUACAAAUCUAUAUCUUCCACAAUUAAUAUCAAACCCCUCACAAGAUUCAACAAUUUCUUCUCAACAUUUUAUAAAAGAUUAUGAUGAAACGAUAACAUCAUUAACAACAUCAUUAGAAACUAUGCCGCUAUCUAUUUAUAUACGAUUUGGUAUUUCAUAUAUAAUCAAACACAACAGGCUAGAUAAUCAACCAAUAUCACUCAAAGAAUUUCUUUAUCUUCGAAAUCAAAAUAAAUCAUUUCGAACAUCAUUUUAUACAUGUAAAGGUGUAACUUCACCAAAACGUCUUAUAACAAGUAUUACUAAACUUAAUUAUCGUCAAAUAUCUUCAAAUCAAUAUUCCUAUGAAAUACAAAUACAUGGAACGAAAAAUAAUCAAUAUCCUAUACUUUAUUUUCAAUAUGAUGAACAAUUUCAAUGUCGUUCAGUAUAUUAUCGACCUGAUUAUCCAAUUAAUUUUGAUUUUAGUCGUAAUAAAACAUCAAGUAUAUUUAAUUCAAUUGAUAAUUCCUAUUCAGAUAUAUUUGAUUUUCGUAUACAAUUAACUCAAGUGAAAUAUUUAUCAAUAACUGAUUCAGAUGUUUUAAAUGUACUUCGUGGUGUACCUAUUAAUGAAGUUUUAUUUAUUGAUCCAUUAACUCAUAUGUUACAUAUAUCACCUAAAUUACAUAAAUUUGUUAAAUAUUUUAAAUGUACUCGUUCAAGUAAUUAUGAAAAUUCUCAGGAACAAAUUCUUAUUUGUAUUGGUACAUAUGAAGAAUUUCAAUUCAAUAGUAAAGGAGAAUGUGAAUUAUUAAUGAAAGCAUCAAAUACAAUGACUAUUGAAUUUAUUAAUAAGGAAAUAAUUCCAUCAGGAAAACAACUUUAUGAUAUUGGAUUAUGGUUUUCAACAUUGUGUCAAACAUGUGUAGAUUUACCAACAACAAAAAUUAAAGAUAAAAAUUCUAUUGAAAAUCGUCGAUGGUUUUCAGGUUUAGUUAUAUUUCAAAAACGUCAUAAUCAAUCGAUAAAACAAAUGAAUGUUAGGCAAUUAACAACGUAUAAAACAAAAAUAUCGAAUCAAACUUAUACAAGUGAUGAAUUAGCAUUUGUUAAAAAGAUUUUACAAGAAGAAAAUUUACGAAAUAUAUUUUUAAAUACAAAUGAAGAAAAAUAUUCGAAUAUUAAAGAACUUGAACAGAGUUUUGAAAAUAUUAAACAAAAAUUAAUAACAACAGCUGUACCAUCAGCAAAUGAAGCUUUAGGAAAAGUUGAAAGAACUUAUCAGAUUUUAUACAAAGAAUUUAAUAAAUUAUAA